UCGCCGUGAGGAGGAGGUGGAGGAGGAGGCGGCUCGGGGAGAGCGAGCAGCGAGCCGGAGCGCGGAGCGUCAGUAAGGGAGCCUAGCCAUCCGCUGCCGCCUCCCCUCCGCAAGCAGGAGCCCCGGCCGGGGCCCGGCACGCCGCCCCCGCCCCUCCCUCGUCGUCAGGCCGCGAGGGCAGCGCGAGCGAGCGAGGGGGAGGGCGAGCGAGCGAGCGCCGGGAGGAGGCGGCCGGACCGAGCGGGCGCCCGCGCGUGUGGCGUGAGGGGAAGCCGCCUGCCCGCCCCCUUCGCCUUCCCUUCUCUCCCCCUCCCCGCUCCCCCCCCGACCGCGGAGCAGCACCAUGUCGGCGCCGGCGGCCAAAGUCAGUAAAAAGGAGCUCAACUCCAACCACGACGGGGCCGACGAGACCUCAGAAAAAGAACAACAAGAAGCAAUUGAACAUAUUGAUGAAGUACAAAAUGAAAUAGACAGACUUAAUGAACAAGCCAGUGAGGAGAUAUUGAAAGUAGAACAGAAAUAUAACAAACUCCGCCAACCAUUUUUUCAGAAGAGGUCAGAAUUGAUCGCCAAAAUCCCAAAUUUUUGGGUAACAACAUUUGUCAACCACCCACAAGUGUCCGCACUGCUUGGGGAGGAAGAUGAAGAGGCGCUGCAUUAUUUGACCAGAGUUGAAGUGACAGAAUUUGAAGAUAUCAAAUCAGGUUACAGAAUAGAUUUUUAUUUUGAUGAAAAUCCUUACUUCGAAAAUAAAGUUCUCUCCAAAGAAUUUCAUCUGAACGAGAGUGGUGAUCCAUCUUCAAAGUCCACUGAAAUCAAAUGGAAAUCUGGAAAGGAUUUGACAAAACGUUCAAGUCAAACACAGAAUAAAGCCAGCAGGAAGAGGCAGCAUGAAGAACCAGAGAGCUUCUUUACCUGGUUUACUGACCAUUCUGAUGCAGGUGCAGAUGAGUUAGGAGAGGUCAUCAAAGAUGAUAUUUGGCCAAAUCCAUUGCAGUACUAUUUGGUUCCUGAUAUGGAUGAUGAAGAAGGGGAAGGAGAAGAAGAUGAUGAUGAUGAUGAAGAAGAAGAAGGAUUGGAAGAUAUUGAUGAAGAAGGGGAUGAGGAUGAAGGUGAAGAAGAUGAAGAUGAUGAUGAAGGGGAGGAAGGAGAGGAGGAUGAAGGAGAAGACGACUAAUUGAACACUGAUGGAUUCCAACCUUUUUCUUUCUUUCUUUUGUUUUUUGUUUUUUUCUUUCU